GUGUGUGUGUGUGUGUGUGCAUGGAUCAGUGCUCUCACACCGCCGUCCUCUCUGGCUGUCCUCCUCGGGUCUCCUGCUCACCUCCACGCAGGUGAGCUAUGGAUGAAAGCACCUUUGAGACAUUUGAGGAAGAGCUUGGUAAACCACUGCAAGACGUUCCUCCGACCAAACCUAUCAGACAAGUGCGAACCGGAAGCAGAGCAGAGAUGUACGCUCAGAGGAGGGUGCGAGAGGAAGCUCCAAUCGUGCAGCAAGUCCCGAAGAUGGUUCCACGGGAACAUCCGCUCUCCAGCGGCACGUCGUUACGUAAAGCUCUGUCCAUCCAGAAUCUGACCCAGAUCGAGACGCCGUGGGAGGGUGUGACGCUGAACAGGUGUCUGAUCAUCGCCAUAACCAUCCUGCUGCUGAGCUCCGGGCUUACAAAGAAUACACGGCAAGUGUCAACUACAGAGGCCGUCAGAGGCCGUAAGGAUGUGAGUGAAGAGCUCACGGAGCUACAUGAGAGACACGCUCUGGUUAAAAGAGGGAAAAUAACACCACAUGAGCCGGACACUUCCCUAUGGGAUAUGUUGUUCUGGUGGAUGGAUGAUGAUGAUGAUGAAGGCUCUGGCAAGAGAAGAGUUUCCAGAGGCCUCAGACACCGGGCCCUUCCCAACCCCAGGCUCCUGAAGAAGAGAGAGACUAAAUUCCCUGAGCGCCGAGGAAGAGGAAGACGACAAGUGGACGAGAUUAAAGAGAGACUGACAAGACAGAAAGAAAAAGAGAUGAAAGUCAAGAAGAAGGUAGAGGAAGAAAAGGAGGAGGACAUAGAGAAGGUGAAGAAAGUAAAGAAACCAGCGAAAGAGAGCAAGCAAAAACCUGUGAAAGAGAGAAAGUAGGGAUGCAAAGAUGCCAUUAAGGGAACGAGGAUGUGUAUGUGCUUCAUUGUCAUGAAAAUGUCAAUCUUAAUGCUGCUUUUUAUUAGAAAAAUAUUUAUUUUAAUUAUAGGGUUAAAUCUAGGAUUCACUUUCAUAUCCACACAUUAUGACCUGGACUGAUGAUAAACUCUAUAAUUUGGUGCUUUCUGUUUUUGCUUUGUAAAAUAUUGAUGGUCCAACCAUUAACCCCUUCCCUUCAGCACCUUUAAAACGUCUGCUAGCAAAACUCAUCAUCAUAUUAAGUUUCAGAUAGCACUGAAAUAAUUCAUUAUUUUGUGAGAUCAAUAAGUUAAAGUAACAAGCAUAAAUACUACAUAGUUUCUUUUGGAUGUUUAAGUCUAUAUUGUGCAAAAGUAAAGCUUUUUUAAAAUGUAAA